AUGAUCGCUUCACUGGGGCAGUCUCCGCAUAUCAUGGGGAGAUAGACGCUGCUGCCUGUGAGGCGUGGGCCUUGGCAGUUGAGGAAGAAGAGCGGGAGGAGGGAGUCAGGACCCAGACCGACAGCGGUUGAUUGGCCUUGGUCCUCACAGCUCCAGAAAGAAGCAGGAUCUUGAUAAGCUCUAUGAGCUGAAGUUCAAAGCUCGGCAGAUUAUGAACCAGUUUGGCCCUUCAGCCCUAAUCAAUCUCUCCAAUUUUUCAUCCAUAAAACCGGAACCAGCCAGCACUCCUCCACAAGGCUCCAUGGCCAACAGUACUACAGUGGUUAAAAUACCAGGCACUCCUGGGGCAGGAGGACGACUUAGCCCUGAAAACAAUCAGGUAUUGACCAAGAAGAAAUUACAAGACUUAGUAAGAGAAGUUGAUCCUAACGAGCAACUGGAUGAAGAUGUAGAGGAGAUGCUGCUGCAGAUUGCUGAUGAUUUUAUCUAGAGUGUAGUGACGGCAGCCUGCCAGCUUGCCUGGCAUCGUAAGUCCAGCACCUUGGAAGUGAAAGAUGUACAGCUGCAUCUAGAACGCCAGUGGAACAUGUGGAUCCCAGAAUUUGGAUCUGAAGAAAUUCGACCCUACAAAAAAGCUUGCACCACAGAAGUUCACAAACAGAGAAUGGCACUGAUCCGGAAAACAACCAAGAAAUAAUAAAUGGAAAAAUCAGGGAAUGGACAACAAUGUAUUUGGAGAUACUUGAGCUGAAACCUCAGCCAUCUCAUCUUUGGAAUUUUUUUUUAAUGCUUUACAGAGAAGCAUAUAUUUUUUAUUAGCAGUGCAGCAAUAUAAUGACUGAGAGGAUCUGCCAAAAGAAUGAAGCCUCCUACCCCAACUUCUGAAUCCUUUUCCCUGCUAUCUCAAAGAAGAGCAAUGUAUCUUCCAGAGAAGAUUUUAUUUGUGGUUUAUUAUAUAAGUGAUUGAAUAUAGGACA